AUGGUUCAGAUGUUAGCUAUUGGAAAAUUGCCGCUACUUAAUCCACUUUACGUUCAAAGAGAUUAUGAUCAGAAUUUAGAAAAACUCAUUAAAGAGAAACAUACAAUUGUUUUAUGUGGUGCUUUAGGAACAGGCAAAACUCAGUUAGCCAGGCAAUUUGUCAAUCGAAUAUUAAGAUCAAUUAAUAAUGAUAGUGG